CGUCCUGCCCCUUGGAGAGGCGCUGGACCUCGCGCCCCCCCACCAUGGGGCUGCCCCCGAGGAGCCUCUCCAUCUGGCACGCCGCGGCGCUUCUCUUCUCCUUGCGCACGGGACGCACCGCCACCUCCUGGCACUCUCUGCGCAUCUGCUACGCCUUGUUCUAUGAUCCCGGCUGGGAGCUGCCCCAGUACCUCGCGAUGGGCUACGUGGGUGACCAGCUCUUUGCCCGCUUCGAUGCCAGCACACGGGCUGUGCUGCCGCAGGCCCCCUGGGCCCGGGAGGUGGAGAAGGAUGACCCCCACUUCUGGGAGUGGAGCAGCCGGCGGGUGAGCAACACGGAGCGGAGGCUGAAGGGCGACCUGGCCAUGGUGCAGGAGUACCACAACCUGAGCAGAGGAUUCUACACCUGGCAGCGCAUGAUCGGUUGUGAGCUGAGCAGGGACGGGCACAAAAGGGGCCACUACCAGUAUGCCUACAAUGGCCAGGACUUCAUCAGCCUGGACCAGGAGACACUCACCUGGACGGCAGCAGAUGCCAGGGCCCAGGUGACCAAGAGGAGCUGGGAGGCAGAGCCCCUCAUUGCCCAGAGCCGGAAUCACUUUCUGGAAGAGGAGUGCGUUGAGUUGCUGCAGAAGUUCGCCGAGUAUGGGAAGCCAUCGCUGCUGAGGAGAGAGCCACCAGUGGUGAAGGUGUCGCGCAAGGAAGACUACGACGGCCUAGAAACCCUUGUCUGCCGUGCCUACGGCUUCUACCCCAAGGAGAUCAAUGCCACCUGGAGAAGGGACAGGGAGGUCUGGCAGCAGGACCAACUCCAUGGGAGCAUCACCCCCAAUGCAGAUGGGACCUACCACACCUGGCUGAGCAUCCGAAUUGAUCCCAAGGACAGGGGGCGCUACCAGUGCCGUGUAGCACAUGCUGGCCUGCCGGAGCCCCUGAAUUUGGCCUGGGAGGAACCUGGGUCCAGCUUGGGGCUCAUGGUGGGAGCCCUCCUGGCCGUCGUCGUCUCCGCCACGGUUCUGCUUGCGGCCGGGGCAAUUGUGUACAAGAAGAAGCAUCGGCGAGAAGCUCACAGAGCGGCCACAAGAAUUCACGAAGUGGUAGACAGUCUUGGCAGUGGUGAGUGAGCUUGACCCUUGGUGCACAAGAAGAGAGCUCCACCCAAGCCUGGUGCGGAAGCAUCCCUGCAGCACCAGGUGCCGGCUUUCGGGGGCCCAGGAAAGCCCGCUUGGUGUCCCCCGGUCCCAUGGAGAGGCAGCCUGCCUGGUGACCCCAUCGCCCCCUGUGCCUGGUCCCCCUGGCCUUUGUGACGACCUCUUACAGCCUCCAGAUGCGGCUGGGCAGCAAGCGCCAUCAUGCUGCUACGUCUCCUCUUCCAUCUUGCCCCCACAGGUGUCUGGGAUGGAGCAGGGGGCAGAGGAAACGAGGGGAGCCAGCCAGGGGUCCUCUGGCCAGCACCCUGGGAAACCUGCCCGGCCCUGGCACUGGGGUCCUGGUCGACUGCAGGCUACCAUGAGAUGUGAGAUGUGGCAAACGCCAAGAGGGCAAACGCCGGCCUUGGUUGCAUAGCCAGAAGUGUGACUUCUAGAUCGAGAGAGUAAAUGCAUCAGCCAUGGACUGCAGAGAGCAACAUUUCUACUUCAAGAGAAAUCCUGCUUGGUAGCAGGAAGGAAGGGGUUCGAAAGCUGAAGGCCGUGAGAUUGUCAUGUAAGCCUGACAGAAUCCAAAUGGCAAUAAUGUUGUAGCAGUGCCACAUAGUGGUUAGUGUGUCAGGCUGGGACUCGGCAGACCUGGGUUCUAGCCCCCUUCCAGCCAUGAAACUCACAGGAUGACUUUGGGCCAGUCGCUGCCUCUCAGGCUAGCUUACCUCACAGGGUUGUUGUGAAGCCACAUGGAGCAGGUGGGUUCUGUAGGCCACCUUGGCUUCCUUGCCAAAGAAAGCAGGUAGGGCAUAAAUUUAAUAAUAAUAAUAAUAAAGACUCUCCAGACCGGCCCUUAAUUGUCUUACAAGGCCUCCAACAUACGAGGGGCCUUCAAAAAGUCUCCGCACUUUUAUAUUUUCUAAAUAUAUUUUACAUAUUUUUUGCUGCUGGCGUUAAAAGUUGGCAUGAUGCUGGGAAAAAUGCAUCGCCAAGGAGGGUGACCAUGUGGAAAAGUCAUGUCCUUUGUUUCAUAAUAAAUAGUUUUUAAAAGUGCAGACUCUUUCUGGAGGCUCCUCAUAUUACUUCUCCUAGCUCUGCAUUUCCAGCAUCGAUCAAGGGGUUGGCUGAGAUGGCUGAGAAGCCCCUCCAACCCUUAUGGUCCUGUGAUCUGUGGUCACCACAAAUUUUUCACCAGAACUUUGUAGCAUUAAUUCCCUAAAACAUGUAGAGGAAAAAUUGUCAGGCCCUGCCCUUCUCUUCUGAGGCUACACAUGGGGCUGCCCUUGAAGACGGUCCAGAUACUUCAAUCGCUUCAAAAUAGAGCUGCUGGAUUGCUGUUGGGGGCCAGUCGCUCUUCUCAUGUCGCCAGUCCUCCAUCAGCUUCACUGGCUUCCCAUUGAAGCCCGGGCCCAAUUUAAGGUGCUGGUAUUAACCUGUACAGCCCUAAAAAGCUUGGGACCGGGAUACCUAAAGGAGCACCUUUUUCCCUAUAUGCCCUUCCAGCCCCUAAGAUCUGCAGCAGAAGCCCUGCCCUGGCCAUUGAAUGCGCUCCCCAGCGUUGUCCGCCUGGCGCUGACAUUAUAUACUUCUCAGCACCAGGUCAAGACCUUUUUAUUCUUCCAUACUUUUAAUGUUUAAUUUUAAGUCUGCUUUUAUGCCCAGUUUGUGGAUCAUUUAUAUUGUACUAUUUGGGUGCCUAUGUAUUUAUGGGACUUGAAGUGUAAGUUGUCCUGAGAUAUCAGACCGGGUGAAAAUUACCCAAAUGAAUGAACAAAUAAAUAAAUAAAAUGGUGGACCUGUGAUGAGGCAAAAAAGUAUUGGAUUAAAAUACACAAAUGGCUUGAGGAGAUGUUAUAAAAAUCUCUAACAUUUAAGGCUGAAGUUUUCUUAUUAGGCAUUAUACCUGAUGAUCUUAAAAAACAAGCAAUGAAUUUGACUCUACAUGUAACUACGGCAGCGAGGAUUGCAUUUGCCCAACAUUG